AUGCCGCCCUCGCCGUCUUCUGCGUGGUCGGCGGCGGCCUGUGCAACGUCGCCGGCCCCCGGCUCAUGCUCCCCGCGGGAUGCAUCACCUACGCGCUCUACGCCUGGUCCUUCCUCUACUACAACCACUCUUGUGACCAGACGGUCAUCGUCGUCGCCGGCGGGAUAUUGGGAGUCAGCGGCGGGAUGCUGCAGUCGGUGCAUGGAGCGGUGUUGA